AUGUACGGCGGCGGAGACCAGGUCCUGGCCGACGAGGCGGCCCUGAGCUUCGUUUCCUAUCUGCUAACGGAGCUGGAUCCCCCCCAACUGCAACUGCUGCUGGCGUGGUCCCUGCUCCGACGGCUGGUUACGUAUGCCGACGGCAAGUUCUUUGCGUCCCAAAACGUGGACCCAACUCUCCCGUGCAUCGCCAGGGUUUCGGCUGUCAUACAGCCAGCACUUUGGGCCUCCUACUUUUUAAACGAGAUUUCAUCCGAGGCGGUCCUAAAAGCAAAACUGAUGGUGACAGACAUGAAGAAAACGCUCAGGAGCCUAUUGGAACGGGGCGCUUGGUUGGACGACGAGGCUCGGAAGACCGCUCUUAGUAAGCUGCAGAAUACGGUCAUCUUCACGGGCUACCCCAAAGCUGUGGCCAACGAGGGAAAUAUGAACGGAUACUACGGUGAGUGA